AUGAUUAUUUUCAGUUGCGGUACUGCCCACGCCAUCGCAAAUUAUUCCAUUGAAUGGAAAGCCGACAGCGCUUGGCCGUCACCACUAACAAGUGAUGCUCCCUGGUGCUCUUUGCCUUUGCAAGAAGCACAAGCUCGCUUAGAAGGCAUACUCGUUGUAUUCGUACUACUACCUGCAAUACCUUUUUUGGUCCUUUUUGUUGCUUUCAUGGUCGAACUAAAUGAAAACGGAGGAGUUGCACUGCCGCACAAUAGCCAUAAUUGUGGCAAGGACCUCUCAAACAUUCGGAGUGGAGCAGAGAAUUUACAGCUGCUUACCGUCGAAAAAAGUCAGUUUAGUGAGAAGCCAUUCUCACAUUCAGGCAGUUGUGGAGGAUUUCAAUUGCGAGAGGUAUACACUAGCGAGGCGCACGCCUCUUCACUCGCUACAAUAGCUGAUAGGUCCUCAUCAAAUGUUCUGGACGAAACAGUGGCUGACGAUAAAGAUCUUGCGAAACCGAGCCCUACCGAUGAUGAGAACAGCUGUACAGUGGAAGCCGAGACAGCUGAAUAUCAAGGACCUUGGGAAAUUAUUAAUCAGCUGCGUGCUGAACUCGUUUUUCAGCAAUCAAUGCUUGUUAAUGAUGAAGCCGCGUGGAACAUUUGCCUUCAUUACAUGCGAAAAGUGGAGCAAAAUUUGUCACAGUUGAACACGCAGAUGACCUCCACUAUGGGAGUUGCACAAGGCUUUCGAUCAUUGAUAGAAGAGGUGUCACAUAUACUGCCUACGAUAUCGGAUCAUGCCAUUCAGCUAUCUAGAUGGAUGCAUUCUGUGCAAAAUGCGUGUGCGAAAUUAGAGCACAUCCUGCACUCUUCAUCUAGGAAUAACGUUUUCUAUUCUUGUUUCAAGUCACAAGACAUAUGUCUACAGCAGAAUUUGUUUGCGUUGAAUACAUAUCUUCGAGAUCGCCAAGCUGUGGACAGUUUUCCACAAGAUACUUCUCCGGAUACUCCUGAGGUAAUGUCUCGGAAGGUUAUCUCAACAUCUGGUUACACGACCGCAGGACAAGCCCUGUCGAGUCACGCUCAAGGGGAGCAGCAGUCCAGCCUUACCGAGCAGGCUGCGUCUUUUUCUGUACCUACUCGACAAUGUAGUGAUCAGCCUGGAUCCAGUCAACAGCUUCGACACAUUGUACAGAAUAGACCUGCUACUGCCAACGCUGAUAACCACUCAUCUAACAGCGCCUGUACUGAAUGUGUUCAGCCUUCAGGAUCAGUGAAGCAAUUGUCGCGAGCUCACCCGGCUCAGCGGAUACCAAGGGUCAGCGCGUACACGGUUUCGUAUGCUGCAACACCGAGAGGAUUUUUUUCUCGCCUAACUCUACCGGAACUGCUUAUUCGAAUAGAACAAAUCAGAAACAUUUGCGCUGGUGACAUUCUAUAUCCUCAAGAGCUCAUUUAUAUGCUCCUGGCAAGUGGUGAUAUCAUAUAUGGUAGCAACCAGCAGCAGAAUGGAUUCCACCAUUACACACUGGAGCAAAUGCCGGAAUUGUUUGGCACAUCAGUCCCUGCAAUUGAUGCUAGAAUGGGAGUGCAGACGUUUCUUUCACAUAUGCGUCGAAGAGCUUUAACAGUUGUUGGCGCCGUCGGCUACCAUUUUUCACUAACACCACACAGAGGAACUGAUUACACACCUCCAGUUUUGCCGCCACUUGGGUUGUAUCGAUCUGAAAAUGAGCUGGUACUUCGAAGGGUUUUGGGAGACAGAGAAGAUAUUCUGCCGUUUUUGCGUGAUUUCCUUCGCGAGUAUAAUUUCGGCAGAGGCCCUAUCAAUCCACGUCCGGAUCUGAAGUUCGCUUCAGCGUUCAGGAAGUAUCUGUGCAUGGUUGCUGUAAGAGAGGGAUUCAUUCAUGAAGAUCUUGAAGAUUAUGUACCGGAUCCUUUGCCACCUCCAGAGUUACCGAAUGAUGAAUCUGCAGAAGCACGUGACAGCAGCUCUGAAGCAUAUCCUCCCUCUCCAUCGCAGUGA